AGGCAUAUUAUUAGCCGAUCUAAAUAUCUUAUGCGCGAAUCGAAUGCUUGGUUCGAGGAGAUGAACAGACUGUCGCUCCAUCUGUACGACACAUCCUGUGCGUCAAAGGAGUGGGGAAUUAGUUUUGGAGCGAGUUUACGAGAUCGGGAGCGGAAGAGUGGACUUCCCCCACAGGAGGAGGCUUGGUUGACGGGACAGUUGUUCCUCGCUGCUAAUGAUACACCAUCGACCUCCUUGGCGUAUCUCGUCUUGGCGAUAGUUCUGUAUCCGUCUCAAUUCAUCACAGCCAGACAACAAAUAGAUGCAGUUGUCGGAGGUUCUAUGCCAUGCUUCGAAGACUGGGAUAAACUGCCUCUCGUGGAAGCGAUAAUGAAAGAACUUCUGAGAUGGAGACCGCCUGCACCGCUUGGUGUGCCACAUGUUACUUCAGAGGAGAUUCGCUACGGCAAAUACUUCCUGCCAAAAGGAACCUCAUCGGUGGCGAAUAUCUGGUGAGCAACCUUCACCACAGCAUGACGUAUACGAAGCAUGAUCCAGGACGAUUUCCC